AUGCGCCCAAUCUCCAGAGCCGUUCUCCGGCCAUACGUCUGCCCAUCUUGCCGACACAUUAGUGCCGGCCGACGACGAUUCAGCUCUAAACUAGAUGCCCCCGAGCUCUACGAUGUCGUCUGUGUUGGCGGCGGGCCCGCCGGCCUAGGGUUACUGGCAGCACUCCGAGCAUCGCCUAUCACAUCAAAGCUCAAAGUCGCCCUCGUCGAGACCCAGGACCUCCACAAGGCCCAGUCUUGGAACCUCGAACCAACUCAGUUCUCAAACCGGGUCAGCAGCUUGACUCCCUCGUCUGUAUCCUUCCUGCGCAGCAUUGGCGCCUACGACCACCUCGAUGUCGCCCGCAUCCAGGACUACCAGGACAUGCAGGUGUGGGACGGCCAAACCGGAUCCCGAAUAUCGUUUGACUGGUCCAUGGAGACCUCCCCAUUCGAAGAUAUGCGCACGGUAGCAACGAUGACCGAGAACGCAAACCUAGUGCGCGCCCUCCUGCGCCGCAUUACCGAGUCUGGAGACGAGAACCUUUCCCUCUUCUCCAACUCGACCGUCGCCUCCAUCGAGAACGGCUCCGACCUCCAACCGGAAGGUCCCGACCUCUCAGCCUGGCCCGUCCUCUCCGUCAAACCAACAGACCCCGCCGCCUCAACCCCCCCAACCCGCAUCGCAGCCCGUCUCCUCGUCGGUGCAGACGGCAUCAACAGCCCCGUCCGCUCCUUCGCAGACAUCCCAACCCACGGCUGGGACUACGGCCGCCACGGCGUCGUCGCAACCCUCGCCCUAGACAACCCAUCAACCCCGCCCUUCCCAGCAUACAUGCGCACAGCCUACCAACGCUUCCUCCCAGCCCUAGGCGGUCCAAUCGCCCUCCUCCCCUUGCCAAACAACCACGCAACCCUCGUCUGGUCCACAACCCCAGAGCACGCAUCCUACCUCAAGUCCCUCCCAACCCCAUCCUUCCUGGCAAUGGUCAACGCCACCUUCCGCCUGGACAUGACCGACCUAUCCUACAUGAUGGGUAUGGACACGCCCUCUUCCAACACCCCCUCAGACUCGUCCCACCAAGACGAACUCACCUGGCGCAUCCAGCACACCCCCCUCCCGGCACACAUCCCACCCCCAGCAACAGCCGUCCAAGAAGGAACAGUAGCAUCCUUCCCUCUCCGCUUCCGCCACGCAGCGCAGUAUAUCUCGCCCCGCAUCGCGCUGGUCGGCGAUGCCGCGCAUGUCAUUCACCCGCUCGCGGGCCAGGGUUUGAACCUCGGUUUGGCGGAUGUGGCGUCCCUCGCGCGAACGAUUCAGUAUGCGGUCUCGCAUGGUAUGGAUGUGGGUGAUCUGCUUACUUUGGAACGGUACUCGUCGGAGAGAUACCUCCCCAAUGCUAAGAUUGGCGGUGCUUGUGAUUUGUUGCAUAAAAUGUAUACCGUUCCGGGGUCUGGGCCUGUUGCUUGGGCCAGGAGUUUAGGUUUGGAGACUAUCCAGCGGUUGCCUUUCGUUAAGGGGUUCCUUAUGAAGAAUGCUGAGGGGUAUUAG